UUUUUAGCUAAAGAUACGAUAGGAUGGGAUAACACAAUAGUUACGUUGAAACAUUUCAGUUUAUUUGACACAUCAUAUAUAGCACUAUGAAUGGAGAAGGUUUCAAUCACAAAGUUUUCCAACCUAACCAUGAUGCUUUCUCCGUUAGUCCCUCUUUCCCUCGUCUUCAUUGUUGUAUGUUCAUCAUCUUCUUUAUGGGCAGCAACUUCUUCUUCUAUAAAACAUGAGGAAUUUCUUCAAUGUCUUCUUCAUCAUUCUCCUGAUACUUCCUCCAUUAACAAACUGGUUCACACUCCCAUCAACUCCUCCUUUUCCACUCUCUUCAAUUUCCCCACUCGAAACUCCAGAUUCUCAACUCCCAACACCCCAAAACCACUCCUCAUCAUAACCCCAUCAAAUAUUUCCCACAUUCAAGCAGCCGUCAUUUGCUCCAAAUCUCACGGCCUUCAAAUCCGAAUCCGAAGCGGCGGUCACGACUUUGAGGGCCUUUCUUACGUAGCCUACCACAGAUUCAUCGUAGUCGAUCUUAUUAAUCUAAGGUCGGUCACAGUUGAUGUGGAACAAAGUACUGCAUGGGUACAGUCCGGUGCAACUCUAGGUGAACUUUACUACAAAAUUGGGAAGAAAAGUCGAACCUUGGGCUUCCCGGCGGGUAUUUGUCCAACUGUUGGUGUUGGUGGGCACUUUAGUGGUGGUGGAUAUGGGUCUUUGUUAAGGAAAUAUGGUGUUGCAGCCGAUAAUGUAAUAGACGCUUAUUUGGUUGAUGCAAAUGGGGAGUUUCAUGAUAGAGAGUCGAUGGGGGAGGAUUUGUUUUGGGCCAUUAGAGGCGGCGGCGGAGGAAGCUUUGGAGUUGUGGUGGCGUGGAAGGUCAAGCUGGUUCCGGUUCCAGCGUCCGUAACGAUUUGCUCCGCCAAGAGAAGUGUGGAGGAAGAAGCAAUUAAGCUAAUAGAUCGGUGGCAAUAUGUGGCAAACAAAUUGGAAGAAGACCUAUUUCUUGCCAUCUUAUGGAAUGGUGGGAAAGUUUCAGCCCAAGGAGGAGGAAAAAUUAAUCCAAUAGCUUUAUUCUUCCCUUUGUUUCUUGGAAAUGUAAAUGAACUGAUGGCAAUCCUAAACAAAACAUUUCCUGAAUUGGGUUUCACAAAAGAAGAAUGCAAAGAAAAAAGUUGGAUUGAAUCAGCUGCUUCUGCGGCCAAUAGGUUUCAAAUUGAAGAUCAACCCUUGGAAGCUUUGCUUAAUAGAACACCUAUAAACCAUGGAAGCAGCUUCAAACUCAAAUCUGACUAUGUUAAGGAGCCCAUGACUAAAACUGCAAUUGAGGGCAUAUGGAAAAGAUUAGAAUCUCAAGAUAUAGAGGGAGUAACCCUUGCACUUAUUCCAUAUGGAGGGAGGAUGAGUCGAAUUUCCGAGUCAAAUAUUCCUUUCUCACAUAGAGCUGGAAUUCUAUACCAAAUUGGAUACAUUCUAGGGUGGGAUGAAAAAGGUGUGGAAGCAGAGGAACGACACUUAAAUUGGAUAAGGGAGAUUUAUAGUUACAUGACUCCUUUUGUUUCAAAAUCUCCGAGAACUGCAUAUGUCAACUAUAGAGACCUUGAUAUUGGAUCAAACAAUAAGUAUGGAAAGAUAAAUUACAAGCAAGCCUGUGUUUUUGGUUCAAAAUAUUUUGGUAAUAAUUUUAAUAGAUUGGUAAAAGUGAAGACUAAGGUGGAUCCUUACAAUUUCUUCUGGCAUGAACAAAGCAUACCACUCUCUUCCAACCUUUAAUAUGGUUUGAACAAUUUGGUAUUUGGUUUCAUGUUUACUCCUACACAUAUGCCCAACCUAUUAUGGUGACGAAAUAAGGGAUUUGUUUGGAUUGCGUUUAACCAUAUAUAUAGUGACAAGAUAAGGGAUUUGUUUGGAUUGCUUUUAACCAUAGAUAUGGUGACAAGAUAAAAGGAUAUGCAUUAGAUGCGAAUGUGUUGCAUUCACAAUUAAAUAAUGGUAAUUAAUUCUUAGUUUGUCUCUUGUCGUUAUAUUAUAUCUAGCAGUAUAUUGUUUAUGUUUAUUUCUCCAGUUCAUCAAUCCUUUUGUCUUUGUAGUACUUUUAAGGUAAUUUUUCAAUCUUACCGUAGUGCGGUUAAAAACUUAUACAAUAAACUUUCAGAUGGUGAUUAAACC